AUGGAAGGCUUUAGAGCACCAGAAAGCGACGCUCCCGCUCCCGCUCCCGCCGUAACCGAAAACACAGCAGCAGCAGCAGCACCUCAAGUGGACGCCUUUUCUGUGGAAUCGGAUGGCGUUGCGUGGCGGCAAUUUGCAGCUCGUGAGGAAGACGCUAUUAAGCGCGUCUUGCUGUUGUUGCAACUCGAGCAGCAGCAGAGGCGGCGUGCAGCGGCAGCUCCUGGGGGGGCUGUUGCGGGUCUGUCGUGGAAGGCAUUGGAUUCUCUUUUGAAGGCAAGAGCAGCAGCGGCUCGAAGGCGAGCAGAUUCGCGCGAAUUCUCUGAAGAGAGGCGCCAGCGGAUUUCCACAGUCUCCGCGGAGUUCAGUUCAGAGGACGCUGAAGCAGCGUCGUCAGGGCGGGAGCUGCGUGAAGUGUUAUUGGAGGAAGGCUGGUCAGUUGUUGAGAACGUGAAGCAGCAGACCAUUCGUUUGCCUCGAGCGUUGCGCUCGCUGCUGCUGCAGCAAGGGGGUUUUGGGCUAAAGGAGUUGUUGCAGAGCGCGAUCGAGAAGAGCGGAAACUCCCCUUUUUUUCCCGCGCUUUCUCCCGUGUUUUCUUCUCUAGCGGAGGAGGCGCGGGCUGGCGUUACACCCCGGCACUUGUCUAUGUCGGAGGCGUAUUCAAGAGCAUACAAGCAGCUGGCAGACGCAGUGCAUCCGCACAAGCUCACGCGAGCCGUCAAAGUGGACGGGCACUACCUGUAUCCGUGGUCGGUGUUCACGAAGCAGGAGCGAGAGCAGCUCUGGCUCAUGGCGGAUCAGCUGAAGUGGCUCCCCAAGUGGAUCAAGCAUCAUCGCGUCGCGCGAAAGCCACCUCCUAGGGUUCUAAAAACGCAUUUGCCAGUUCUGAAACCAAAAUUUACGGAUAUUUAUGGCGGUCCAGGGGCGCCUUCCUUGGGUGCAGAACCGGGGGUGCGAUACACCUGGCUGGGGCAUGCGUCGGGGCUUGUGACGAUCGACGGUUUGAACGUGUUGAUAGAUCCUGUUUUGGGGGAGGAUAUUGUGGGUGCAAUGAGUGAUUUGGCGAAGCGUUUCUUGAAUUUCGUGAAUUCGAAGCUGUGUGGCAGUCUGGGGGAGCGGCUUCGACCUGCCCCUGCGCGCAUUAGCGAGUUGCCAUCCGAUCUGCAUUUGGUCAUCUUGUCUCACAAUCACCAAGACCACAUCAUGGAGCGCGACAUUAAGCACUUGUGUAGGACGCACAAGGAGCGUUUUAAGCAUUUGAUGUGGUAUGUUCCCGAAGGGGUUGCGUGGUUCCUCGUGAAACACGGGUGCUCGCCGCAACGCGUGUGCGAGUUCACGUGGGGAGAAAGCAGAACGCUCUCGUGCAUGCCGCGGAACGGGCAGUAUGCGUGCAGCGACGGGGUGUGGGUUAGGCCGGCGGCUGCCGGCGACGCUCUCUCGCAGGCGCAUUCGCCGAAUGGUGGCGGCGCUCCCUCUAGCGACGAGAGCGGGUGGCAGGGGCCCUCUAGCGGCGCGUUGCAUGCUUCGGAGGGGAGUGGCAGCGGGAGGUUCUCUGGUCAUGACAGGGGGGGAGACAAGGGGAUGCCUUCAACGCCGAGCAAGAAGAAGAUGCCGCCCAUGCAUCGCUCGGUGCGAGGAGCAGCUCCGGCUAACGGGGGGGCGGGGGGCGGAGCUCCGCCUCUCGGGAGCGGCGUGGAUGCUCGGAGCGCGGCUCAAGAUCGCUCUCUCGGGGGGGGGAGGCUGCCCAUGAACGCAGGAGCGGGGGGGGCGGGGGGGGGAAUGCAGCAGUUUCGCGCCAGUCGCCUCGCGGGAGCUCCCCCCGCAGGCGCUGAGGGGUCGCUCGGCGAGGCGCGCGCGAGCGAGGCGGCUGUAGAUCGCUUCACCAUCACCUACGUUGGCAACGUUCACUGGAGCGGGCGAAGCCCAGCCAAGGCUGAUCACAACACCUCCCUUUGGGGGGGAUUCGCCAUCAAAGGGCCCCGUCACAACUUUUUUUACGGCGGCGACACGAGUUAUUUCAGGAAAGAUUUCGACGAGUUUCGCAAGGUAGGUCGCCUCUUGGGUCCGUUCCAUCUGGCGGCUUUGGCGAUCGGCGCCUACGAGCCGAACGAGGAUUUGCGCUACCAGCACGUCAAUCCGCAGGAGGCUCUCAUGCUCUUCAAGGAUAUCCGAGCGGAAGUCGGCGUCGGCGUGCACUGGGGAACGAUGCGGCUCUCGGCAGAAAAUUUCUUCGACCCCAUGUUGGAGCUGGAGUGCGCCUUGCUCGGUGUCUCCGUGGGGGUUUGCCGUGGGGAGACAGUUCCUGGCGGCGGCUUUGUUGCCGGUGCUGAGGGGGGGGGGGCGAGUGGGGGGGGUGUUUCUGCGGAUAUUCCGCCGAACGCUCCCAAGCCGCUUGCAACAAAGGAGGCUGCAGUGCCAGACGGCAAGCGCGGGAAGAAGGCAGCGACUCAAGAAGCCGCCGCAGGCAGCGGGGAGAGGGCGGGCAGCGGCGCCGACGCAGGCGCCAAGAAGAACAGCAGCAGCGCAGAUGCGAGUGCGGAGGGCGCAUCCACUGCGAGAGAGGAGGAAACCGACACACUCGUUGCCGGCUCAACGCUUACGGCAAGCGUCCUCUUCGAACCCGAACCAGAGCUCGAAGCAGCGCCCACAGUCGCUGCAGCCACUGCGGCAGGCGCUGCAGCCGCUGCGGAUGACGCGCCUUCCUCUUCGCGGGGAACCACACGAGAAGCUGACGGAGAAGCAGCAAAAGGCACUGGGCUUAAAGCCGCAGACACUCCGGCUCAGACACCCUCUCUGCAGCGGCGGCAACCGCAUUCGAAACUCCGAGAUGCAAUCGACCAUUUGCUGGAGAAUCCACUGAGCGUGCUGCGACGGGGAAGACGCCCAACGAACAUGCGGGAAGCCAUUUUCCCUGGGCACUUCUACAGAUCCACGCUGCAGCCGGUAGCUCUGUGGAGCGACCCUCUGCUGCACCCCAGCAACGCAAGGAGGCUGCGCCGUGCAGAGAAGCUAGAAGCACUAGGUUUGCUACAUCACGAUCCACAUUGGAGGGAAAAGCUCCUUGUGGAGGGUGCUCGCUUUCAAACUCUCCAUAUUGGGCAUUCUAUUCAGGUUGAGCAGGGGGACGAUGGCACACACAUUCUCAUGUCGAGGAGCAGCGCGAGAGACCACAUUGAUCCUCAAGCCACUGCAGAGCAAUACGCCUUCCUGCCCCUCUACCUGAAGCCCGCCAGUGCUGGCGUUUCCAACGGAAGAAAUUCUGGAGUUCGUAACGGAGCCAAGGGAACGCAUGCUCGCGGAGGAGGUGUGUCAGCGUCGCCGAUGGAGGCGGCUAGAGGGCAGCAGUCUGACGAAGUGGGGAGCAUGGAAGUUGCUUUUUCGCGGGUUGCGGUAGGAGUAGGAGUUCCCAACUUAAGGAGACAGCAGCGUGCAGCGCCUGCCGGUUCUGCGAUUCGGCCGUCUUCGAAAGCCGACUCGCCAGUCGCGGCUGGCGUUGAAGAGGAGGAUGAAGAGACGGAAGUCUUUGAUAUCAUGGACUGA